CAAGUUGACUUCGUACAGAUGUGCUAAUUUAACUAAAAUCCAAUCUCGAAGCAAUUUGACUCGAUUCAACCAGAAAAGAAAAAAGUAAACAACAGCUUUGAUCCAACAGUUCUUCGAGCUUGAUUCAAUUCAAUUUCUUGUUUUUAUCAGUAUGAUUGGCAAGAAACACCUGUAAGAGUUUGCUUUUGACUGAAUUCUGUUAGAUCCUUAAAAAGGUAUAGUCUUUACUCUCUAGCUAGAAUUGAUUGGGUUCUAAGUGAAAAAACGGAUGAGCAAGGAAGAGAUGGAGACGGCGAUGAACAAGACCAAAGAGAUUGUCUCCUCGUACCCGGUCGUUGUCUUCAGCAAGACUUACUGUCGUUAUUGCCAGAGGGUGAAGCAGCUGCUUACACAACUUGGAGCAAGUUUUAAAGUACUUGAGCUCGAUGAGAUAAGCGAUGGAAGUGAGAUCCAAUCAGCUUUGUUAGAGUGGACUGGCCAGAGCACUGUUCCAAGCGUCUUCAUCAAAGCGAAACAUAUCGGUGGAAGCGAUAAAGUGAUGGAGACUUACAAGCAAGGCAAGCUUGUGCCUCUCCUUACUAAAGCUGGUGCUCUUGCCAAUAUCCCUUCCAAGCUUUGAUGUAACCGGUGUGGUGUAUGGGGACUUCUCAUUGUUAUGUUUAGAUCAUGAAAAUGUAUUUGUCAAUUAACCCAAAUAAAAGAACUAUCCUUUUUCUUUGUUAACUCUGUUUAGGCAAAACAUCCGAAAGUUUGGUUAGGUUAAUGAAAUAAAGAUUUGGGCUAACUGUUGUACUCUC